AUGGGGAGGAUGGCACCGACACCGACUAUAAUUUCUGUAAGUGGUUUGUUGGUGGUUGUUUGUGGUGAUGAUGGCAAUGUUGUUCAGAUGGUGGUGGUGGUGGAGCAAGUGAUGCAUAUUUGGGUGGUCAUUGUUUCUGAACAAUAUUGUGAGCAGUCUUUACAUUUUCUUAAUUUAUUCAAGGCAUUGUUAUAUUAUGUUGUGGCUUAUGCGGAGGAUGACUUCGACUUUAAUGAUUUCGAUAAUGCUAUAUCAUCUGGGGAAGGUAAUCUAGAAUUCGACAAGAAUGUAACAGAAGGAAUUGAGUUGGGAUGUGAUGGGGGUGCAACUGAACAAGAUGAAGAUGAUUAUGCAGGAAUGGAACACAAUGAAGAUCAGGAGGCUGAUGAUUUGGAAUGUCCAUCAUUUGAAGAACUAUUGUUGGCUAUCUCAUCUGAUGAUGAGGUCGGGUAUCGAUUUCCAGAGUUCAGUUCAGAAAUGGAUAUACGGGAUCCAUACUUUCAGAUUGGGCAAUUGUUUAGUUCUGUUAAAGAAUUUAGGAAGGCUAUUCGAACGUACAGUGCAGUAAAUGGAUACAAUGUGAAGUGUAAGGUAAAUGACGAAAGAAGAGUUCAAGGCACAUGUAAAGCAGAGUGCAAAUGGAGAAUAUGGGUUUCGAAGAUAAAUAAUUUAGAUACAGUGCAAAUGAAGUCAUAUAUACCUGAACAUACAUGCAGUCGGGACCAAUAUAAUCAUCACUGCACUUACACGUUAAUAGUCAAUCGGUAUUUCGAGCAGUUUAAGGCAGAUCCAGAGUGGAAAAUGGAAAGUAUGCAAACGACCGUGAAGGAGGACUUGAAGAUAAAUAUUACUAGAAAUGUCGCUUGGAAAGCAAGAAGGUAUGCAAAGCAAAUGAUAAAUGGGACUAUUGAAGAACAAUUUGUCGGACUGAGGUCCUAUGCAGCGGAGGUGUUGAGAUCCAAUCCAGGGUCAACGUGCUUGCAAGAGGGGUUCCAACUGGGGUGUAGAAAAAUAAUUAGAGUAGACGGGUGUCACCUUCAUAUUGUUUGGGGGGGUAUACUGCUCACCGUAGUCGGCCUAGAUGUGAAUGACUGCAUCUACCCGAUUGCUUAUGCUGUUGUAGAGAAGGAAAACACGAUUGCAUUGAGAUGGUUUCUGAGAUAUCUGGCUGAGGAUAUCCAUAUGGGAAAUGGUACUGAUUGGACUGUGAUGACGGAUAGACAGAAGGGCUUAAGUAAUGUCAUUGAUGAGUUGUUUCCGACAAUUGAGCAUAGUUUCUGUGUGAGGCAUAUGUAUACCAACUUUUUCAGUAUGGGGUUCAAGGGAAGGAGUUUGAAGGAUUUUCUUUGGCGCGAUGCUAAAUCAACUACAGUUGCUGACUACAGACAGUGGAUGCAAUAG